AGCUCACUGACAUAAGACAACAACAUACCAGUACAACGUACAUAAAGCACGAAUAACUUCAUCUGACCGCGCAUCGAAACAACCAGACCUCACCGCAAAACCACACACCGAAACAACCUCACUCAAACUCAGCUACCUUCACCAUGGCUGACGACCUCAAGCUUACGGAUCGCUCAGAACAACUCAUCAAGCAAGCUAUCAACCUUGCCGAAAACAAUUCGGUCGCUCAGGUCCACCCUCUUCACCUCGCCUGUGCACUCUGGGAGCCGGGAGUCGAGGAUGGCACGUCAACAUCAGCUUCGGCCCAGCCGUCAUCCCUCUUCCAGACCUCGUUCGAAAAGGCUGGCCUUGACAAGCAGACUUUCUCUCGAGCGUUAUUGAGCCACACCAAUCGACUACCUUCCGUCUACCCCGCUCCUGCGCCGCCACUACCACUCGCUCAAGGAACCCAUGUCGUACUCCGAGCGGCCAUCGCGGCUCAGAAGGAACAACGCGAUUCUUAUGUCGCCGUCGACCACCUCUUGCUCGCCAUUCUCAAGGUCGCCAAAGACGUUCCAGAACUCAGGUCCAUGUUCACCGAGGCCAAGGUCGAUGAACGGGCUCGCAAGAAGCUGGAGGAUGAGAUAAGGAAAGCGAGGGGGAACAGAAAGGUCGACAGCAAGUCUGCAGAGGAAGGGUUCGAGAGUCUGCAAAAGUAUGCGACGGACUUGACUGCCUUGGCCGCGGAGGGCAAGUUGGACCCGGUCAUCGGAAGGGACAAGGAAGUCAGGCGAACGAUUGCAAUCUUGAGCCGACGUACGAAGAACUCGGCCAUCCUGAUCGGGGAACCCGGAGUCGGCAAAACAUCCAUCGUCGAAGGACUCGCUCAACGGAUCGUCAACCGAGACGUCCCCGCCUCGCUCAUCGGUCGUCUAUUCUCUCUCGACCUCGGCAGCUUGAUGGCCGGAGCCAAGUACAAAGGAGAAUACGAAGAGCGUGUCAAGGGGGUCUUGAACGAGAUUGAAGAGAAAUCGAAGGAAGGGGAGAAUAUCAUCUUGUUUGUCGAUGAAGCGCAUCAGAUGGUGCAGGGCAAAGAGCAGUCGGCUUCUAGCUUUGGAGAGUUUUUGAAACCCUUGUUAGCCCGUGGAAUGCUCAAGUUCAUCGGAGCCACCACCCUCGCCGAAUACCGAGAAUUCAUCGAAAAGGACGCCGCGCUGGAACGACGUCUCGCCCAAGUCAUCGUCGAGGAGCCCGACAUUCCCGCCACGACCAACAUCCUUCGAGGUCUCAAGGAACGCUACGAGACUUAUCACGGAUGCAGGAUCACGGAUGCCGCUCUCGUCCUGGCCGCCCAGCUCAGUCGACAAUAUAUUCCUGCUCGACGAGCUCCCGAUUCGGCUAUCGACGUCAUGGACGAAGCGUGUACGCAGGUCAAGAUCCAGCGGGAAACUCGACCGGAAGCGAUCGACAUCCUGGAGCGUCAAAAGGUUACCCUUCAGAUGGAGAUUCAUGCUUUGGAAAAGGAAAAGGACGAGGCGAGCAAGGAGCGGCUCGAAGCGGCUCAGAAGAUGCUGGCGAAUGUCGAAGAAGAGCUCGCGCCGAAGCUGGCCGAAUUCGAGGCAGAAAAGAGCCAGGCGGAUCGGGUGCAAGAGCUUCGACGCAAGAUCGAUGAGUUGAAGGCCAAGGCGGAUGAUGCUGAACGACGAUACGAUUUGGCAUCCGCCUCGGACAUCCGAUACUAUAGUAUUCCCCAACGACAAAAAGAGCUCGCCGAACUCGAAGCCAAGGAAGCGGAGAAGAACGCAGAUGGGAAGUCUGGCGGAGUGGUCACCCCUGAGGCCAUCGCCGAAGUCGUGGCUCGCUGGACCGGAGUCCCCGUCACCGCCCUCGUCUCUUCGGAAAAGGCAAAACUGCUCAAACUCGAAAAGACGCUCACCAGAUCGAUCGUCGGACAACCUACCGCCAUCAAGGCCGUCUCGAACGCCAUCCGACUAUCCCGAUCCGGGCUGAACGACCAGAACCGACCGAUCUUUUCGGCCCUCCUUACCGGCCCUUCGGGAUCGGGAAAGACUUCGCUGGCAAAGACUCUCGCCAAGGCCAUGUUUAACGACGAGAACGCCAUGAUCCGAAUCGACUGCUCCGAGUUGAGCGCGGAACAUAGUAUCUCUCGGCUGAUCGGUUCGCCUCAGGGCUACGUCGGCAUGCAACAGGGUGGUCAAUUGACCGAGGCCGUCAGGAGGAAACCGUACCAGAUCGUCCUCUUUGACGAGAUCGAAAAGGGUCAUGCGGCGCUCUACAAGCUGUUGUUGAGCGUACUGGAUGCUGGAGUCCUGACUAGCGCCGUCGGCUUGAAGGUCGAUUUCAGGAACACGAUUAUCUUGUUCUCGUCUAACUUGGGAAGCGCGGCAUUGGCAGAAGACGCCUCGGAAGGCGAACCCUCGGACAAAGCCAAGGAGAAGGUUAACGUGUCGCUGCAGGCGCAUUUCCCUCCCGAAUUCUUGGGUCGACUUGACGAGGUCAUCUACUUCCGCAUGCUGUCGCGAUCAAACAUCCGCUCGAUCGUCGAACUCCGCCUGGCCGAAGUACAAACCCGAAUGAUCAAGAACGGACGCAAGCUCAAGCUCGCCAUCGACGAGGACGCCAAGACCUUCCUCGGGGACGCCGGUUUCUCCCCUCAAUACGGAGCUCGACCGCUGAACAAGGUCAUCCAGCGUGAGAUCUUGAACCCGCUUUCCAAGUUGAUCCUACAAAACUCUAUUUUGGACGGCGAGGUGGUCAAGAUUCAUGCUGACUUGCCUAGGAACCGGCUAGUCGUCGUGCCCAAUCACGAACCGGAGAUCGUCGAGGACGAGGAUGAUGACAUGGACAUUGACGACGAUGAUCUCGAGAUUGAAGAAGUAGAUUAGGGGCGGGGUGAUCGAAGCUGGAUCCAUAUCUAACGAACAUAUAUAUAACGAAAAAUGCAACGAUUUUACCUAAUUGUAGUUACUGUAACGAGCAACAAAAGCGAGUAUAUCAGAAUCUUAGCAGAACAUUUGCACGUCAA